CUUCCUGGAGGAGGUAAUGGUUGCAUGAUGAUGAAUGAGAGAUGACAAGGAGAUGAAACUAAUCUUAUUUGGAAUAUUCAUGUUUUUUUUGGCUAUGAUAGCAUUCUUCAUUAAAAAAAAAAAUGGGAGAGUAGAAAAUUCCAAGGCUCCAUCCCUCCAUCAACGAGCUGGCAUAAACGGUCAGCAUCAACUUUUAUAGAACUCUGGAGUCUAGUUGAAAAUUUCCAACGACCGGGGCAAAACCUAAUGAAAGAAGCAGGUGCAUUGCAGCAAGAGAGUUUGCUGAUGUUUUAAAUGAUCUACUUCCCCUUCUCCGCAUACCAGCCCGGAGGUGGCCACGAAGACAGCAGCCUGUACUUCUGGUGCAGGUUGCCAAGUGCCCGAGGGAGCAAUACAGACCUUAUUCCCACCGAACUGUGAUUGUGGAUUUCCAUCUGUCCGGUGACUCCCUGAAGAACCGGUGCACGAGGGGAUUGCCUUUGUUUGCCCGACACAGAGUGUUUCCAGCUCUGGGGCAGCUUCCCAGAUGGCAUUUGGCAAAAAGCACUUAAAGGCAAAAGAAUUGGCCAUAGCAGCCCGGGGAAAGGGAUCGCAGUCAGGACAAACAAGAGACAGAUCAAAAAGGCUGGGAAGAGAGUGGGAAAGGGGGCAUGCGGGGAAAUGGGGGCUUUUUUUGAGAGAGAGAGAGAGGGAGAAAGAGAGAGUGAAAGAGCAAGCAUGAGUGGGGGAGGAGCAGAGGGAGGGAGACAGAGAGGCCUAAGCAGGCUCCGCCCUCAGCCCAGAGCCCCAUCUCACAUCCUUGAGGUCAUGACCUGAGCCGAAAUCAAGAGUCAGACCCUUUACCGACUGAGCCAGCCAUGUGACCAAUACUGGAUGCCUACUCAGAAAGGGCCUAAUCCUCAGAGAAGAUCCCAAACUUUCACCUCCAGCUGACCUUCAGGCUCUGUACAAGUGGGAAGUAAGGGUGAAGGCAGUGUUGUAAAGGGCCUGGCUAAGCAUGGAAGGAGUGUUGCAACACAGAGGCAAUCUUCAAAGAGUGGGGGAGCUUUUAAACUUCUGUAAAAAGAUAUUUUGGGGCUUCAGGUGUUUAUAGAUACUCUGUCAAUACAUUAGCUUACCGCUGAGCUAAAGGAACAUAGACCUCAGUGGCCAUGUAACAGAAAGAAAAAGAAACUUCUAGAAAAGUAACUAAAACAACUUCAAACAAGUAGCCACAACAAACAAAACAAAGAAAACUGGAGUCAAUUUUUGUAUAUGGGCUGAGGUAAUAGUCUACCUUCGUUCUCUCACAUGCGGACAUCCAGUUAUAUCAGAGCAACUUGUUGGAGACUUAUUGCCUCCUCGUUGAAUGGUUUUGGCACCUUGUCAAAAAUCAGUUGACCCUAGAUGCAUGGGUUUAUUUCUGAACUCUCAAUUCUAUCACAGUAUGCCAGUACCACUCUGUUUUGAUCCUCUAACCUUGUGUAGUAAGUUUUGAAAUCAGGAAAAAAGGAAUUCUCUAACUUUAUGUAUUUAUGUACUUAUUUAAAGUUUAUUUAUUUAUUUUGAGAGAGAGAGAGAGAGAGAGAGAGAGAGCUCAAGCCAGGGAGGGGCAGAGAGAAAGGGAGAGAGAGAGAAUCCUAAGUAGGUUCCAUGCUGACAGCACGGAGCCUGACGCAGGGCUCGAUCCCAUGAACCGUGAGACCAUGACAUGAACUGAGAACAAGAGUCAGACACUUAACCAGCUGAGUCACCCAGGUGCCCCUAAUUUUCUUUUCAAAGAUUAUUUUGGCUGUUAGGGCCUCUUGCCCAUGUUAUUUUGGGGUCAGCUUUGACAUUUCUGCAAAAGAAAAAGGCAGGGGUUUUAAUGGGGAUUUCAUUGAAUCUGUAGAUCAGUUUGGAGAGUGUUGCUAUCUUAAUAGUAUGACAUCUUCCAAUUUGUGAGCACAAGACAUCUUUCUAUGUAUUUAGGUUUUCUUCAACUAAUUAAAACUUUUUUAACGUUUAUUUGUUUUCGAGAGCUAGAGACAAAGAGUGAGUGGGGGAGGGGCAGAAUCCGAAGCAGGCUCCAGGCUCUGGGCUGUCAGCACAGAGCCCGAUGCGGGGCUUGAACCCACCACACGUGAGAUCAUGACGUGAGCUGAAGUCAGAUGCUUAACCGACUGAGCCACCCAGGGACCCCCUUUUAACUACUUUCAAUGAUGUUUUGCAGUUUUCAGGGUAUAUGUCUUGUACCUCUUUGGUUGAAUGCAUUCCUAAGUAUUUUAGUGUUUUGAUGCUAUUGAAAAUGGACUUAUUUUCUUAAUUUUUCUGGAGAUGGAAUCGCUAGUAUACAGAAAUACCGCGAAUUGUUAUAUGUUGAUCCUGUAUGCUACUACUUUGCUGAAUUUAUUAGUUUUGGUAACUUUCUGGUGGAUUCUUGGGGAAUUUUCAUAUAGAAGAUCAUGCCCUCUAUAAAGAGAGAGAGUUUUACUCAUUCCUUUCUAAUUUGGAUGUGUUUUAGUUCUUUUUCUUGACUAAUUGCUCUGGCUAGAAGUUCCAGGACAAUGUUGAACAGCAGUGGUGAAAGUGGCAUUCUUGUCUGCUCCUGAUCUUAGUGGGGAAGUUUGAGUCUUUCACCCUUAAGUGUAACGUUAGCUAUUGAUUUUUCAUAAAUGCCCUUUUUCAGGUCGAGGAACUUCCUAUCUAUUUUGCUUUUUGAGACAUUUUUCUCGUGAAAAUCUGUUGCAUUUUUUAAAAUGCUUUUUUGUGUACCUAUUAGUUGAUCACAUGGGGUUUUUCCUUCAUUCUAGUAAUGUAGUGUAUUACAUUGAUUGAUUUUCACUUAUUGAGCCACCUUUGUUUUCCAGAGAUAAAUCUCAUUUGGGGGAUUGACCAUUUUGAAACAUAGGAUAUAUCCUUUUUUAUGUUUUAACAGUUUUUGUCUUAAAGUCUUUGUCUGAUGUUUGGAGAGCCACUCUAGCUCUCAGUUGGUUACUGUUUGCAUGGAAUAGCCUUUUCCAUCUUUUUACUAUCAAGCCAGUUUGUAUCUUUGAGUCUAAAAUGAAUCUCUUGUAUCCUGUUUAAAAAAAUAUUAUCUCUUCUGUCAAUCUCUGCCUGUUAAUUACACACUAUUUGCAUUUAUUGUGAUUACUGACAAGGAAGGACUUCUGGCAUUUUGCCAUUUGUUUUCUUUCUUUCUUUCUUUUGAAAGAAAGCGUGAGCAGGGGAGGGGUAGAGAGAGAGGGAAAGAGAGAGAAUCUCAAGCAGGCUCAGCACUGUCAGCCCGGAGCCCAAUGCAGGGCUCGAACUCAUAAACCUCGAGAUCGUGACUCGAGACGCAAUCAAGUCGGACACUGAACCAACUGAGCCACCCAGGUGCCCUUUGCCAUUUUUUUCUAAUAUGUCUUAUAGCUCCCUCUACCCCAAUUCCUGCACUACUGCCUUCUUUUAUGUUUCAUUGAUUCCUUUUUUUGUAAGAAUUUUUAUUUCCUUCUCAUUUCCUUUUCUGCAUAUUGUUUAUUUUCUUGGUGUCUGCUCUGGGAUUGCAAUUAAGAUGUUAAUUUAUACCAGUAUAUUUUAGAUUAAAUACAAACUUAAUUUCAAGUAGUAUACAAAAUCUUUCAUUCUAGCUUAUACUGUUAUUGCCACAAAUCACAUCUUUGCAGAUUUGUAUUGUUUUAUGCAGUCAUCUCUUUCUGAACUUUUGUUUUGAGAGAGCGUGCCCACGCACACAGGCGCCUGAGUUGGAGAGGGGAAGAGGACGAGGGAGAGAGAGAAUCCCAAGCAGGUUCCGUGCUGUCGGUGCAGAGCCCAACCCCGGGCUCGGGGCUGGAUCUCAUGACUGUGUAUCAUCAUCUGAGCUGAAAUCAAGAGUUCCGCGCUUAGCGGACUGAGCCGCCCAGACACCCUACGCGGUCAUCUUUAAAAUCCUGUAUUUUAAAAAAGAGUUUCAAAAUGCAUGAAUACUAUUUUUGUACUUACUUUUAGCACGUGCUUUAUUUCUGUGUGUGGGUUCCAGUUAUCACUCGGUGCAGCUUAAGGCACUUCUCCGGCAUUUCUUGUAGGGAAGACCCAGAUUAUGAGGGGAACAUUUACUCUAAAAGUGGAAGACAGACACUCUCCGAGAACCGUCCAUCAGGUGAACACGAGAGUGAAUUUAUAGGGCAAGUUCAGAGCAUUCAUGGCUCAAUCGCUGGAUUUUCUUGAGGACAGGACUCUAAGUUCAUCGUUCAGAAUGACGAGGGAAGUGUACAGUGUGACUGACCGUCGAAGGUUUGAAGGAGUACCGAAGAGUUAUGGGCCAGAGAACCGAGGUAAGACUAGAACGGCGCCCAUCGAGGCAACCCUGCCACCCGACUAGGAAUUCAUUCCACGAUGCUGGGUAUCGUCCCGAGGUUCUUAGAAACAAAUUCUAACCCAGGCUCACGGCAGCGCCCCGUGCAGCCAUCCAGCCUAUUCGCCCUCUACGGGGCGCUCUUCAGAGGGAGGCGGCUCCCAGCAGGCCUUGCAGGGUGACUCAGGCGUCAUCUCUGUGACGUGUAACACCCUCGCCGGGUGGGGCUGGCGCGGUGAGGGCGUCCGCUUUACUCUCUGUGAGGAAAGUGAGGCGGUGAGGGAGGAGAGGCUGAGGAGGAGGCCAGGACUGGAAAAGGACUGCGGUAGAACCGACUGGGGACGUGAGGGGUGGGCCUUUACGGGCGGCGGCAGGGGCAGCAUUGCCUGCGAGACGGUUAGACGGUUAUCUAGGCUCGCGGCCGUCAGUUAACUAGGCCGCAGCAGCCAUGGCGGUCGACUUUGGGGACCACGCCAGCGGGUUCCGCCACACCGAGGUGAUCAGGUUCAUCAACGACGAAGUCCUCAUGAACGGCGGUGGGCCGGAUUUCUACGCGGCCUUGCGCUCGCGGCCCUGGGACGAGGUAGAGGAGCGGCUUCGGACGGUCCUGGCCGACCCGCAGCUGCCGCGCGCCACGAAGAGGGCCUGUGCGUGGAGCGCGCUCGCCCUGAGCGUGCGCGUGGGAGCCAGGCAGCGGGAGCAGCAGGGGCGCCAGGCCCGGCAGCUGCAGAGCCAAGUAGAGGAGCGCGAGACGGCUACCUGGGCCCUGGCCUCCGAGCUGCAGCGGCUGCGCGGGGAGUGCGAGUCGGCGGUCGCACAGCUGCGCUCCACACAGGCUGCGCUGCGGCAGACUCUGGUCGAGUGUGACGCGCUUCGUGGGCGGCUGCUCCAGGUGGAGAGGGCCUCCCGGGUCGUGCCGCUGGCCCGCGAGAGAGUGCCUGGGCCUCCGGCCGAGCAACUUGGGGCCAUAGCAUGGCCCCGGAAUGCAGAUGUGGUGGCCAGGGGGCUGCGCAGCAGGCUGUAUUUUGAGGCCCGGGUGCCGGCCCCGGUGGCUGUUCUUUACGUGCCGGGCCCCCCGAGUCCCUGGGCUCAGGCCGUACAGCCCGCUCUGCCAGUGCCCGUGCGGUACUUGCUUCCGUUCCGUGCCCCGUUCCCCGUGGGAUUCCCCGUCUCGCCACCUCUGCCGCCAGUAGUAGUCAUGGUUGCAGAAGCUGCAGUCGUUCCACAUCAGAUGCCUCCUCUGGGGAUCGGGCCACCUGGUCCACGUGCUGCAGUGGGCUACCAAGAGGGGAUGGUCCCACGGUGGGACCAGAGGAGCUGCAGCCAAGCGGAAGGUCCUGCGAUCCUCCAGAGUGCAGUCCCCCUGAGGGGCUUCAGAAGCCUUAGCCAAGAAGGUCCGCAGCGGCCUCAGGGGAUGGUUCCUGUCAGAGAUAGCUGGAGCCAGAGCCAGAGCCAGGAAGAAGAUCCAGAGAGCACUCACGAAGUGGUCCCCCUUGGGGAUAGCUGGAGCCACAGCCAGCAAGAAGAUCCAGAGAGAGCCCAGGGGACGGUUCCUAUCGGGGAGAGCAGGAGCCACAACCAGGAGGAAGGUCCAGAGAGGGCCCAGGGGGUGGUUCCUGCUGGGGACAGCCAGAGCCAGAGCCAGGAAGAAGGUCCGGGGUGGGCCAAAGGAAUGGCCAUCCUUGGGGAUGGCUGGCGCCAGAGCCAGGAAGACCGUGCAAAGAGGGCCUGGGGGAUGGUUCCCGUCGGGGAGAGCUGGAGCCACAGCCAGCAAGAUCAAGAGGUGCUCCAGGGGGUGGUCCCCCUUGGGGAGAGCUGGACCCAGAGUCAGCGAGAAGGUCCAGAGAACCCCCAAGGAAUGGUCACCCUUUGGGGUAGCUGGAGCCAGAGCCGGGAAGAAGGUCCAGGGUGGGCCCAAGGAAUGGUUCCUGUUGGGGGUAGCUGGAGCCACAGCCAGGAAGAAGAUCGAGAGAUGCCCCAGGGGGUGGUACUUCUUAGGGAUAGUUGGAGCCUCAGCCAGGAGGAUGAUCUAGGGAGGCCUCAGGGGAUGGUCUCCUUUGGGGAUAGCUGGAGCCAGAGCCGGAAAGAGGGUUCGGAGAGGCCUCGGGGGGUGGUACUCCUUAAAGAUAACCAGGGCCAGAGCCAGGAAGAAGGUCCAGAGAAUCCUCAGGAGAUGGUUCCCUUUGGGGACAGUUGGAGUCUCAGCCAGGAAGAAGGGCCAGCAAAGGCCCAGGGGAUGGUCCCCUUUGGGGGUAGCUGGGGCCUCAGCCAGGAAGAAGGUUCGGGGCGAUCCCAGGAGAUGGUUACCUUUGGCGCCAGCAAGAUGAAUAGCCGGGAAGAAGAUCCAGAGAGGCCCCGGGAGAUGGUACCUCUGGGGGCCAGUGGGAGACACAACCAGGAAGAAGAUCCAAAGAGGCCUCAGGUGAUGGUGCCCCUGGGGGCCAGUAGGGACCACAGCCAGGAAGAAGGUCCAAAAAGACCCCAAGGGAUGGCCCCCCUUGUUGCCAGCAGAAGCAGUAGCCACGAAGAAGAUCCAGACAGGCCUCAGGAGAUGCUCUCCUUGGGGGCCGGCGGGAACUACAGCCAAGCAGAAGGUCCAAGAAGACCCCAGGGGACGGGGGACAGAAGACGCCAUAGCCAGGAAGAAAGUCCAAAGAGGUACCCCCCGGGGUUUAGGAGGAGCCACAGCCUGGAAGAAGGUCUACAGAGGCCCCAGGCGCCCCCCCAGGGGGACAGCCGGAGCUGUGGUGCGAGGGAAAGCCCAAUGAAACAGCAGCCUCAGGGGCAGAAGGCCAAGCAACCAAAAGGGAAAAAAGCUCUGGGUCUCCUGCACCAGGAGAAGUCUGCCUCAGGCUGCGGCCCAGAGAGUUGGGAGUGCCCACGGUGUAAAGCCAUGAAUUUCUCAUGGCGCAAGGCCUGCUAUAAAUGCAAGGAAGUCUGUGUGGACGUUGAGAGUAGAGGCCUGGACCCAGGACCAACUCACUGAUUUAAGAAAGGUGAGGGCCUGUUUUUGUGUCUCCGAGCCCCACAGAAAUUGUUUGUUGCUGAAGAAGCUGAACCUGUCCCAUUAGAAGAUCUUCUAAGAGUUUACAGAAAUCACACUUGAUUCCUGCUCACCUGCACCUCAUCGAGACCCCCGUUGGCUGGAGCGGAGAGGAGUGAGAGGAAGUCGGGGAAGAGGAGAUGCUUCGGCGCUCCUUAAGGCGGAAAGGAGGGCAAAAUGAUUUUGUUAGAAUUUAAUUUCUCAGUUGGGACAAGGAAUUAAUUUGGAAGAGUUGGGGGGUGUUGUGGUGUUAAGUUCUGUAAGUGAUAGCAAAUUUGAUAGAUAACAUUUAAUUCAUUACACAAAUCGUUAUUGUCAGGUACGUGUUAAGAGCUAGACUUAUAUGUUAAUAUCUGGUGCACACAUUAUAACUUGAUUUGAUGAGUUUGGUUAGAUACCAGGAGAGAGCCUAACUUGGGAUACAAAUUACAUGAGGACUUCUUUGCCUUGCAUAGAGCGUGGCUUUCAGGUGAGACAAGUGAGCAGCGGCCAAGAUCAGGAAAGUGGCUUCAUGAAAGUAUGGGCAGGACAUUUCUGAUAACUGUGCUGGUUUCUUCGUUUGAGAGGAACAGCUAUCCUUCUGGUUGCCUGAAAGACGGCUGAGUCACUUAGAGAAAGACAGUGCCUGGGGGAGUGUCGGCUACACACUCAGGCCCUCAGCUUUGGGCCACCACCAUCCCAAGCCCCUUUCCAGUCAAGAGUGGAUGAAGAACAAAAUGGAUUCCGAGGGCAGACAUCGUGCCAUGGACGGUGCUUCUCUCGGGAAGGCUAACUGGAUUAAAAAAGAACUGCACCAACAUUUUUGGGAACGCCCCCGGGCCCCUUCUCUUCCAUUGGCUGUCCGCUCCCCUGAGGUGGGGGGAGCCCCGGGGGUGGGAAGUUCGAGGGUCUCCAGUCUGAACAAAAGGUGUUCUUGAGUUCCCCCGGGAAAUCCCGGCCCACCAAGCUCAAACUCUUGUCAGAGGUUUCUGAUCGUAACAAUAAAGAGCGUGCACCGGC